UCUGGCCGCACUGAAGUAGCCUUGUGUCAACAGUUUCGGCGCAAAUCACUACUAUUAUAAACACAAACACCAUAAAAAUUUUACUCGUUUUAUUAUAGCCUGAAAAAAGGAAAACCAAAAAAUUUGAAGCUGGUUCUCUUUUCUCGCUGCACCAAUUGCUCACGAUAAUAAUAAUAAUUUAAUGAAAAGAUGGAUAAACUCACUCUAGAUUUGAAUAAAAUUGACCAUAUGAUGGUUGAAGAUCUUUUAAGAAAAGGAGUAGAUAUUAAUUAUUGUGGAGUAUAUAAUAACUUAUGUUAUUCAUUAUUAAUGGCUGCAGUUGAGGAAAAUAAUGAUAAAUUAGUUGAAUUUAUCUUAAGUAAAGGAGCUGAUCCGAAUAAAUUAAUUCAAUGCCAUUCUAAAUUUGCUAUGACUGCUCUUCAUGCUGCUAUUUUUACGGAAAACAUAAAAAUAAAAAUCAUCCAUCAUCUCCUUGAUUAUGGUGCAAACAUAGAUUUAUCAGCUAUUGAUGGAGAAAAAGAACAUGAAGAAUUUUCUUCACCUUUGCAGUAUGCCGUACAUACGGAAAAUGAAGUAAUAGUAAAAUUGCUUUUGAGUAAGGGUGCAAACGUCAAUUUUAAAACAAAAAAUGAUAAUACAGCACUUCACAUAGCUUGUAUGUAUGAAAAUUCAAACAUUGUAGAUUACUUGUUGAAAUAUGGAGCUAAUGUAAAUGCUGUUUCUGAUAAUAAAUUAACAAAAGGUCAAACGGCUAUAUAUAAUGCUAUUUCUUGGAAUCAAACAGAAGCAGUUAAGCUGCUAUUAAAUAAUGAUGCAGAUAUUAAUAUUCAAGAUGCAAAUGGCAAAUCCCCUUUGAAACUAUUAAACGAAAAUACUAAUGAUGAAAUCCAUGUAAUCAUGAAACAACAUGUAGUUAAAUUAGUAAUUGCUAAUAUUCAUGUAAAUGCAUAUAAUUUACAAGAGAUAGUAAAUGAUAAUUCUUUAAAUAACUUCAGAAAUAUUUGUAAAAAUGAAAUAGAAAAAAUGAAAACAGAAAAAAUUAGUGGAACUAAUGUACUGUUUUAUAACAUUUUCAUUAAAAAUAUUCAUCAAUUAGCACUGUAUGCGAAAAAUAAAAAAAUUAGAUCCGAACUUUCCGAUCCAAUGAAACUCAGCUUUCUUUUUCCCCAAUAUGCUUUUAUAUUAGUUAAUCGUUUCAAAAAAGGAUUACAUAGAAAAAAAUUAUUAGAAAGAGUUGAAAAUUUUAUUUUAGAUAUUUUCAUAGAUAAAUUUCCAAAUACAUUCAUCAGACAAAUAUUUUUUUAUUUGAGUAAUGACGAUUUAGAAAUACUUGGCACAAUCUAACUACUAUAAAUUAUAAUUUAAAGAAAGUAUUUUACUAUAAUAUCUAUGUUUAGAAAAGUAAUUAUGUAUUAUAUUUUUUGUUUAUAAUGUCCUUUUUGUAAAAAUUUAAAAUCUGAAAAGUGUUUUUGUUUGAAAUAAGUUUAUAAUAAAAUA